AGCAAGAAAAGCGACGCUGCCAGGGUGUGUGUGUUCGGAUUUGGUGGUGACUCCAAAGAAAGGAGAAAGCUUAGUGAUGGCGACGGCGGAUUCUCCGAAGGCCGAUUCCGAUAGCGAGUUCGAUUCUGUUCCAAGCGUUAACCAAGCGUCUGAUGCUAACUCUAGUCCCAAUUCUUCAAACGCUGUUGUCCCCGCAUCUCCCAGUGCCCCGGUUGUGUGCCUUCUCCGCUUCGCCGGCGACUCCGCUGCCGGUGCCUUCAUGGGCUCCAUUUUUGGCUAUGGUUCUGGAUUGGUCAAGAAGAAGGGAUUUAAAGGUUCCUUUGUCGAAGCUGGAUCUUAUGCAAAGACAUUUGCAGUUUUGUCUGGAGUACACAGUUUGGUUGUUUGCCUCUUGAAAAGACUUAGAGGAAAGGAUGAUGUUAUCAAUGCUGGGGUAGCUGGAUGUUGCACUGGUCUUGCUCUAAGUUUUCCAGGUGCACCACAAGCUCUUUUGCAGAGCUGCCUUACUUUUGGGGCAUUUUCUUUCAUCAUUGAAGGGCUAAACAAGCAGCAGCCGGCACUAGCCCACUCCUUUUCCAGGAAAACAAGAAUGCACCACGGUAGUACACAUCCUCCACCUUCAGCACUUCCCCUUCAAUUCCCACUUCCAGAUGAAAUGAAAGGAGCUUUCUCCUUUUUCUACGAGUCUUUGAAGAAACGAAGCAAGGGCCCUUUUCCAGCAUCUCAUUGAGAAAUCAGAGUUUCAGGCUUUUUCUAGCAUCUUGUAAAUAAGAUGUGUACCCUUCUUUUUGCCUCUAGUUUAGUUUUCUUCUAGCUCUGUCAAAAUUUUUAAGUAAUUUGAGAGUAAUCAUGCACUGUGCCAAGGAUUUGGGUCGUUGAAAUGUUGCUUCUGUAUUUCAAAAAUGGAAACUUUAGUUAUACUUUAUUAUGCUUGGGAAGAUUCGAAUUCAAUGGCUAAACAUUGAUUUA